AUGGCUGCGGAUCAUGGCACCAGCUUCUUUAUGUCUUUCAAGAAGCAAAGGGAGCAGAUCCAUGCCGAGUUGAUUAAGGACGGCAUUGAGAGCCCACCUCCCAUCCCCGUGAACGACGGAGACCCUUCUGAAGCAAACGAAGACUUGUUCGACAAGCUUGCUGGAGCUGAAGGUCUAAAAGGACAAACAGAGAACCAUGAAGCCUGCUUGUGCCUGCCGGGAACGCUCCACAAUCCGGAAAGCCAGAAGGCAAUGUCCGCCGAGGCGGAGGAGAGCGAGAAAGGACUCCUCACCUUUCUGGGCACGAAGUGGCACAGGGAGAACUCGCGGGUCAACUCGCACAUGAACCCACUCUUCGAGACCUACGAGAAAGAAAAGAUGAAGCUGGACAAGCUGUUGGAUGAUCUCCACGCGAAGGCAUCUGUCGCAGAGUCUGCUGCCACGACGCUGAAGGAGUCGUUUCACAAGGUCCAAGUCGCGCAUGAGGAAGGAAAUUGCCAACGAGCGACGGCAGCCGCAGAGGCCAACUUCCAAGAGGUGCCGCUUUGCAAGUCAGACCUCGAUCAGGCCGGGCAGACGGCGCCACCACCACAACGCCUCCCGAUUUCUGUGAUGCUCUCCGGGGCGUUGCAGUUGGUCCAGCGGGCGCUGGUGGCACCACAGUUCUCUCCGCUACCUCGAGCAGAAUCAGAUAUGAAGGGAAAGGCACUCCUGGGAGCUACGCUGCCACAGUAUCCCCUUCCAGCCGUACCAGAGGCUGUCUUUCAGGCCGCAAAGCCACUUGGUGCGUCUAGGGCCACAUGUGGACGUCCUGGGGAGCCGCCGAACAAGGUGUGCCUGCUUGUCUCCAGCGACCUUGAAGGGUUCCUUCCGUACCGGCUUCUGAUUUCAGAGGAGAAAGGUUUGGAUUUCGCUUCCCUGACGCCGUGUCCAGACUUCGCACUCGACCCACCGGACAUUGUCCAGGUGCAGAGGCUGCCUUGGGAGGCCUGGCGCGACGAUCGGCCGUUCAGCGAGCUACGGAGGAGAAUAGAAUCCCGGAGGGACCUGCAGAGCACUGGAGAAUGGAGCUUGCAGGAUCGCCUAUGGCCACCAUAUUUUCACUUGAUCCAUCUGUUAGCACGGGAUGAAACGUCGACGGAGGGCAGUCCGCCAAAGCUUGUGGACAGCUCUGUCCUGAUA